CGGCGGCUCCCCGGGCCCUCCCCGCACCCUGCCCGCCGCCUGCGACCCCCGGCGCCUCCCGCACCGCCUGCUCGUCCUGGCCCUCAUGUGCUUCCUGGGAUUCGGCAGCUACUUCUGCUACGACAACCCGGCCGCGCUGCAAACGCAGGUUCAGCGGGACAUGAAGGUGAACACAGCCCAGUUCAUGGCUCUCUAUGCCUGGUACUCCUGGCCCAACGUGGUGCUGUGCUUCUUUGGGGGUUUCCUGAUUGACAGAGUGUUUGGAAUCCGGUUGGGCACCAUCAUAUUCAGCAUCUUUGUGUGUGUUGGGCAGGUGGUGUUUGCUCUGGGAGCUCUGUUCAACACGUUCUGGCUGAUGGAAGUGGGCAGGUUCAUAUUUGGGAUUGGUGGGGAGUCCUUGGCUGUGGCCCAGAACACGUAUGCAGUGAGCUGGUUCAAGGGCAAGGAGUUAAACCUGGUGUUUGGAUUGCAGCUCAGCAUGGCCAGAAUUGGGAGCACGGUCAACAUGAAUAUUAUGGGCUGGAUCUACUCCAGAGUGCAGCACCUCCUGGGCUCUGCUGGGCCCAGCACCCUCGGCCUGGCUCUGCUCAUAGGUGGAGUCACUUGUCUGUUCUCCCUGAGCUGUGCUUUAGUCCUGGCUUACCUGGACAGGAGAGCAGAGAAGCUGCUGUGCAAGGAGCAGGGCAAAACAGGAGAAGUGAUCAAGCUGACAGAUGUGAAGGAUUUCUCCUUGUCCCUGUGGCUGAUCUUUGUCAUCUGUGUGUGUUACUACGCUGCAGUUUUCCCUUUCAUUGGCCUGGGCAAGGUUUUCUUUAUUGAAAAAUUCCGAUUUUCCCCUCAGGAAGCCAGUGCAAUUAACAGCAUUGUGUACAUCAUCUCAGCCCCCAUGUCCCCGGUGUUCGGGCUCCUGGUGGACAAGGUUGGCAAGAACAUCAUCUGGGUGCUGUGUGCUGUGCUCAGCACUCUGGGCUCACACAUCCUGCUGGCCUUCACCUUCUGGAACCCCUGGAUAGCCAUGUCCCUGCUGGGUGUGGCCUAUUCCCUGCUGGCCUGUGCCCUGUGGCCCAUGGUGGCCUUUGUUGUCCCUGAGCACCAGCUGGGAACUGCCUAUGGCUUCAUGCAGUCCAUCCAGAACCUGGGCCUGGCAGUGAUUGCCAUAGCAGCUGGAAUGAUCCUGGACACCAGGGGGUACCUGUUCCUGGAGCUCUUCUUCAGUGCCUGUGUGUGCUUGUCACUCAUAGCUGUGGUCAUGCUGUACUUUGUGAAUCACCUCUCAGGUGGUGAUCUCAACUGGUCUGCAAAGAAAAGGGCAAAACUGCAGAAAGCAGCUGCUUCAGAGUGAGUACAGAGCCAGGAAAUGUCAGGGCCCUGGAAAUGUCCUGGAGGGAUUAAGGAGAUCAUUUCUGCACUCUGGUUUCUGUUGGGUUUAUUUUCUUAGCAGUCUGUCUGAGGAUUUCAUGUCCCUGCCUCCUGUGAGUCAAUAUUUGAGCAUUUCCCAGGUUCCUUUCCUGCCACUUUUCCUCUCUGCUUUCCUUUAUUUCCCUUUAUUUCAGCUGAAAUGGGGUAGGAAAUGUGGAGUUUAAAUCACAGUUUGGGGUCACAUCUGGCUCAAAUGUCACCAGGAGUUUUUAUU